CCAAGCAUAGUCAUUCUCUGUAGUACUACAUCUGUUCUCAUCUCUUCAGAGCAGAUUGGGGGGCUAUGACUGCAGACAGAGGAGUGGAAGGGGAGGCACCAUUGCAUGAAAAUCAGGGCUGUAUGAAUAUAAAAUCUACAGUAUGCUUGCUGAUUGUUCCCCAGAGCUAUGUGCUGAAGUUUAUAUGGACUUAAAGUACAGAACAAAAUGGGACGAAUAUGUUAGAGAUCUAUGUGAGAAAACUCAGGAUGGCAAAACAGCUAUCUACUGGGAAGUGAAGUUCCCCUUCCCCUUGGCAAACAGAGAUUAUGUUUUUGUUCGUGAGCGUCAAGAUAUGGACCUUGAUGGGCAGAAGAUCUAUGUUAUAUUGGCUAAAAGCGUAAAUACUGUUAAAUUCCCUGAAAAGUCUGGGAAUGUUAGAGUAAAGAAUUAUAGACAAGGUGUGGCCUUUGCAAGUGAUGGCAAGAAAGGGUGCAAAGUUUUCAUGUCCUAUUUUGAUGAUCCUGGCGGAAAGCUUCCUUCGUGGGUUGUCAACUGGGCAACUAAGACUGGAGUUCCCAACUUCUUGAAAGACAUGCAGAAAGCUUGCCUCAGUUAUCGUAAGAGAUAAACUGCUCUCUGAAUUCAAUCUGAAGGACUGGUUUAAAGGUAUACCUUCCACAGUUGGUCAUUGGUGUGGAUAAUAGUCAUGAGACAUCGCUGAAUAACAGCCGCCUUCUGGGAUGGUAAUCAUGAGCCAUGGAAGCUCCCAGGCAUAUGAUAAUGGAACUUAUUAAACUUUUCAUUUUCUGUUUUC